AUGAGUAGCACCAGAUCUAAUGAAGAAGUUGGGCCAAAGCCGAAAGGACACCCAACUGUGGAUGUGUGUGGAGGGGAAAGGAAAGUCCUCUGCUGCAAUGAACAAUUUAACAUAGGAACCUGGAAUGUUAGAACUAUGAACCAAGUCAAAUUGGAUGUGAUUAAACAUGAGAUGACAAGGUUAAACAUCGAUGUCCUGGGAAUUAGUGAACUCAAAUGGACUGGAAUGGGACAUUUCACAUCAGACAACCAUCACAUCUUCUACUGUGGUCAAGAAUCCCGCAGCAGAAAUGGAGUAGCCAUCAUAGUAA